GUUUUAUUCUUUAGCAAGCUGCUUUAAGCUUAUUUUGGCAUUUUAAACAUUUUUCUAAGGCAACAAUUUUUUCAUUUAGUACUUUUUCAUAUGACAAUUAGUUUGACAUUGUGAUAUAGUAAAAGGGGUAAAAGCAAAUAAAACAAUUUAACUAAAGCUUGAUUGUUAUACACAAUGGGUAUCUUGCAAAUUUCGGUGGUUUGGCCCCCUUAUUACGCGAGUUUUUACUAUUAAAAUAAUAAUAUCAACGACAUCACUGAUGGAAAUAUUAAUAGAUAAAUUAAUUUUUUUAUAUAAAUCUUUGACAUCUUUUCUUUUUCCUAACAUGUGUGUACAAAAAAUCGUUGCGUUUUUUUCACUUUUAACACCACUUACUUGGUUUAUAUGGUUAACAUAUGUCGCAAUUUUACCGAUGUGUGCAAUUCUAGGCUGGUUGGCUUUGCCCUUCGCUUUUUUCGCCAUGAUUAUCGCUAACGUACUUGUACUAUUCCGCUUAAUAAAAAAAGACGAUGGAUUGUUCACACCUACUAGAGAUGCGCUACAAGAAAUAUUUCCGCGAGCUUCUAGCCAACAAAUCGCACGAUAUGAGAAAAUAGUCAACCAAGCAGAUGAGCUUGAUCCAGUCCUGAUAAUUUCUCCGAAUUUAAACUGGAUAAACCAGUAUGGAGAACAAGCUUAUCACCUCGUGAUGGAUGGUUUCGCAACAGAAGGGCUUCAGAAUGCCCGUAGGGAUGAAAACUCACGAUGCGUUUUUCAUUUUCGAAACGGUCGUGAGCUUGUUGACGUGCGUGAUGCUAUACGCCAAAGACUCAUUAAUGCUUUCUACAUCCCUCCUUCCCUCCAAGCCACUCAUCCUCAUGGCCAAACUGUCCCCGUCGGAACCGCGUGGAUAUUGACAAAGGUGGGGGCACGAGAUAGUGAUUUUUGGGAAGAUGACAGUUUUUUUCUGACACUCUAAAUCCUGAAACGUCAAAAUCCUGAUACUAUUAGGAGUCUAUUCUAACGAUUAGUCAGUUUGUUUUAAAUAUUGCAGUUGUGAUUGAACAAUAUCAUUUGAUGUCAUUAAAAUAUUUAC